CCAACUCCGUCCGUCCGCGCCAUCAACCCACCAAAAGCAGAGCACCCCUCAGCCGGCGAAAAGGGAGCGAUGGCCAAAUGCGGCAAGAUCCAGAGCAUCGUCCGCCUCCAGCAGACUCUGCGGCGGUGGCGGUCCCGGGCCGCGGCGGCGCCGACGGCUCCGGUGCCGGCGGGGCACGUGGCAGUGUGCGUGGGCGGCGCAUCGCAGCGGUUCGUGGUGCGCGCGGUGCUCCUCAACCACCCCGUGUUCCGGGAGCUGCUCCGGCAGUCGGAGGAGGAGUACGGCUUCCCGUCCACCCCCGGCCCCGUCGCGCUCCCCUGCUGCGACGAGGACCGCUUCCUCGACGUCCUCCGCCGCGUGUCCUCCGAGGACCGCCUCCUCCGCUCGUUCUGCUGCCGCGUGCCGGUCGUCACCAGCCGCGACGUCGCGGCACGGCCGCUGCUGCAGGGGAUGGCGGUGGAGAAGCUCGUGUGGUGACUGGUGACCACUCGAGAACAUCUCGCGUGCCUGCCGCUGCCGAGAAGACCGACUGGUCGAUCCUGCUUACGCAGCAAGCGAUGACACAUCGGUGCUCCCAUGCCCGGCGUAAGCGUAACGGCGGUGCUCCACAACCGUGAACGGGCGACGGCGCCGCGGGUGUGCAAGUGAGGUUGCGUUGCGUGGCGUCUGCGCCACCGCCUUGCAGGCGGCCCCGGCAACGGAGCGAGCAGCUGCCGCCGCGGAUUCGGCGCCGACGAACUUGCGGGCGCCGCGGGGUUCAGGAACGGCCUCCGCAGAGGCGCCUCCUGGCGGGCUGGCGCGCCGCGCGGCGGAAGAUGUCGCCGGCAAGCGCUGCAUGGUCCUUCCGUCAUGCACCGCUGCAUGUGCUAUCGUGGAACCCGUGGGACCCACCUCUAUUUGCUUUUUGAACCAACGAUCCCGGAUCAUUAGCACGCGAGUAAUGGCAGUACGAAUAUGUUUCAGACGUCAUCACUCCACUAAUUGAUCGAAGAAGGCGACAAUUUUUGUUUA